CAAGCUUCAAUGCGCAUUAUGCCGGGAAUGGAAUUUCGUAUCAAUGAUUGCUAAGGAGCAACACGAGCAGUCACUUCAACACAGGAAGCGAAAAAUGCAGGCUAAUUACACUAAAUACAAAAAGGAGUGGGUGCGCCAGAAGACAGCAAUCAAAGUCACUGUGGAACCCGAGACGGCGCAAACUGCGGAAAAAAUUCUUAUUGUAGUCGGCGACGCUCCUCCGGGACCUGUCAAGAUCAACAUAAAAAACACCUAUCAUGGUGACCUGACGCUUCAACUCUUCGAAAAGUUGUACGACUGCAGCAACAUAAUUUUGGAAGACAAACAUGGACUCUGUUCUUCUCAGAAUGCGAGAGUACUAAAAAAAGUCAAUAAUUUGCACUAA